CCAAGCGCGUACACGGUCUCUCCUUAUGCCGUUCCGUUACCGCUGCCUCUGCCGUUACCAGACGGAGAUUCGAGGAAUCGGAAUGCGGCGAACGGUAAAGGAUCGGAGGAGGCUAAUCGAGAUCCCGAUAGGUUUGUUCCUGAUCGCACCACCUCUGGUCCUCCUCUCACCAGCGUCAAUGGCGUUGCACGUGACUCGAGGAAUGGAGCGUUGGCUGUCCUUCUUUCCCAAAAGGUGUUGGCCGUCCUUCUUUUAGUGCAUUCUGAGUUCUUUUUCUUGAUUUGCAGUGAAAAUGGAGCGUUGUGUGCGAUGAAGGAAGUUGAGUUGUUUCCUGAUGAUCCCAAAUCUGCAGAGUGUAUAAAGCAAUUAAAUCAGGAAAUCAAACUUCUCACUAAUCUUCAGCAUCCAAACAUUCGAGUAUAUGAUCGUUUCUUUAUAUACCUGGAAUAUGUUCACCCGGGUUCUAUCAACAAAUAUAUCCAAGACCAUUGCGGCGGUACCAUGACCGAAUCUGUUGUUCGCAAUUUUACUCGUCAUAUCUUGUCCGGGCUGGCUUAUUUGCACAGCAAAAAGACAGUACAUAGGGAUAUCAAAGGUGCUAAUCUCCUUGUUGACACCUCUGGUGUUGUCAAGCUGGCUGACUUCGGCAUGGCUAAACAUCUUACUAGGCAAAGAGCUGAUCUCUCGUUAAAGGGAAGCCCGUACUGGAUGGCACCAGAGCUUAUGCAAGCCGUGAUGCAAAGAGAUAGCAACCCAUAUCUCGCUUUUGUUGUUGAUACAUGAUCGUUUGAAAGUUGAUUUAAUUGAAAAUGUAUGGCAAAAGUUUGGUAAUUUAGAUGAAUAAUCUUUGUAUAUUCAUGAAUGUAAAAGCUUUUUAAAAAUAUUAAAAAAUAUUUUAUUUUAUUUCUAAGAACUCCAUCUUCAGGUUCACUGAUGGAAGAACACAAUAGAUACAGGUUCAUCACUAUUCAUGACUUCACCAAAAAAAUAUUAAAAAAUUCCUAUGAACCCCAAGAAAGGGUUCACUAAUG